AUGGCCAAGCCAUCUCAACAAAUCGAUCCUCGCCGCGAGCGGAAGCGACUACGGGAUCGGCGCGCCAAGCAAGCCGCCCGUCAACGACUGCAGGACGAGACGACCGCGCUCCAAGUGUCGAUCGCAAGCCUCACCGCGGCGCUCGUUACGAAAAAGGCGGCGGCGCCCAAACACUGUCUCCUUUCGUGGCAGGAGGUGGCUGCCUCACUCCACGCUGCGACCACCAAGAGCUACAAACGAAUGCACGAGCUCCGACGUUGCUCGGCCGAGCACCAUCGACUGGCGCAAGCCUUGUACGCAUGGGUUGCAUCUUUGCACCGCGCACCCGCACGGUCGCCGGCGCUGGCUGCAUGGCGCGUCAUUCAGUUGCCACGGCAUCCCGAUGUGCGUUGUGCAAGGUACCUCUGGCUCGCCGAAUACAUGCUGAAGGCGACCGACAAUCAAGUCGUGAAUGCGUUGUUUCCAGCGCCGCCCGAGGAACUCGUGUGGGCCGAGUGGAGCCUUAUCGGGGGCCGCAUGCUGUCGCAAUUUGUGUUAGACGGGUCGCUUGCCGAGGUAGCCACCGCCGCGUGGUCCUUUAGCCAAGCACUAUCCACCAUCUUGCAUGCCACCCACGGCUGCGUCCACAAUGUGUUUCAUGUGCAAGAAGCCAAGCGCGAAAUUUGCUACAACCACGAAGCGUUUCCGGCGGUCCAGAGCAACGGGCUCUACACGUGCUUUCUCGAGUCGGAGCGCGUCGUGAUGCAAACUAUCGGACGUUUGUUCAAGAGGAAGUGCCGUCGGAACGUUCUUCGCGCCAUCUCAUCGACGCAGUGCGUGCUCCGCGCCGUCGAUGUCUACCAACCGUACGCUUCGUACGAUUCGAUGGAGAGUUAUGCGCGCGUCAUCUGGCCCGAUGUUCUCUCCUCUGUGUGA